UGAGAACGUAACAGUAAAUGCGUCGAUUGGACCCGAACAAUCGCUGUCAAAUGAAGCAUAUAUAGGCGUGGUUUAUAUACAUGGUAUAGGAUCCAUCGUCCUUGUUCCAAUUGGUGUUAUACUAAACAUAUUUGUGAUAAUUGUUAUCGCGAAAAUCAGAAAACUGAGGACAGUUCCAAAUUUAUUCAUGUUUCUACUCAGUCUCAACGAUUUUAUAUUGUACAGCAUAUUCUUUCUCAUUAGCGGAAUUCAUCGAUUGUCGAAGGCGACUGUCAUCCAGUUUUGUGCACCGUUUGAAUAUACGUACAAUGUAUUGUAUGGAAUUGGAAUCAUGUACUACUGUUUGAUAGCGUUGAAUAGAUAUUGCUUAGUGAUACAUAACAGUAGUUAUAAGAAAGUGUUUAACACCAAGACAACGACAUUGAUGAUAGUGAUGUCGUGGGUGAUACCGAUAUGUGUAUUCCUGGAGCCACUUCUGAACACCAGUGGAGGUAAUUACUACGAUUUUAAAGACGACCGAUAUACAUGUUGCAUCCGUUCAGAUGACGUUGCUUCGGGAGUAUCCCUGUGGAAGAUCGUUGUUAUAAUAGCGUUUGCCGGUCCAUCGCUGGUAAUGAUGUUUAGUUAUUCGCAAAUUCUGUAUACAUUGCGGUGUCAGCGAUUGAAAAUUCAGAAUGAACAAGCACAUGCUGUUCAAGCUGGUGGGGCCAAUCUCAGAAUUCCGAAAAUUGUUGACUGGAAAUAUACCAGGAUUAUGAUUAUGAUUUUCCUCGUUUUUGUCCUUACAAACGGACCUUACUUAAUCAGUCAAAAUGUCAACUCAAGUCCGUUGAUCAAUCAUAUUCUUGGUCUACUGGUUAAGAUGAAUGGGAUUCUCAACUGUCUUAUUUAUAUGACUAUGAAUAGACGGUUUAAGAAGGCGAUGCGAUUAAUGAUUCAAAGUGAACCAAACUCAUCGAAUGUCAUCUAAGUUAGCAUUAAAUGAAAAUGUUGCUCUAUUUCAAAAUUGAAAACUAUAUAUGGGCAGAACGUAAAAAUGACAAAAAUAAAAUGACACGCAACAAUAACAGAACUAAAAAAGUUUAUUUCCAUACUUAUUACUUUCACAAACGAUUCAAGUGCAUAACGUGUUAAAAAUUGAAAUGUACAUAAUUGUUUUACUUCCUGGUUGAAGUAAUUUUUCAUAAUUGGUACAAAAAAGUUAUAAAUGACAUAAAAUGAUUGAAAUAUAAAGAUUGUAAAUAUAUAACACUUGUAAAU